AUGGGAGUCCAAUUAUCUACUAAGAAGAAACCUAAUUCUACGAAAAAAUCAUUAUUAACUACAACAGAAUCCAUUCCAACAUCUCCAUCAAAUAUCGAGAUGGAAUAUCUCGAAACAUUUAUAUUAGUUUGGUUAGAUUUAAAAGUUGAUAACAGUGAACAAAAUCAAACGUUACAAAAACGUUUACGUCAAUAUACAACCUCUCUUGUUACAUUCAAUGACUUGGAAUUAUGUGAACAAUGGAUAAAAACUCGUUUAAAUGAUGAAAAAAUUCUUUUUAUUGUAUCCGGUGCAUUAGGACGAAAAAUUCUUCCUAAUAUUCAUCAAGUAAAAUCAAUUAUUGCUAUUUAUGUAUUUUGUUUACGUCCACAAUAUCAUAUAACAUGGACUAAGGAUUAUUCAAAAAUACGUGCAGUUAUUUCUGAACCAAACACACUUUUACAACAUAUAUCAAACGAUCUAAUUUAUUUUGAAAAUAUUGAAAAUUUAAAAACAAUUCAAAUCUUUACAGAUCAUCAUCGUACAAGAGUUGUUAAUUCUGAAAUUGCUCCAUUUAUAUGGUAUCAACUUUUUCUUGAAAUUCUUCUAUCAUCAUCCUAUUUACAAUCAUCUGCUUCAUCGACUGAAUUAAUUCAAAUUCUUCGUCAAUAUUCUUUAAAUGAGAAAGAAAAUUUAAAUUUAAUUGAAGAAUUCGAACGAACAUAUGAUAAACAACAAUCUAUAGUAUGGCUGAUAAAUAAUACCAUAUUAGCACGUUUCCUAAAUAAGGUAAUAUGUGAAGAGGAUGUCUCAAUGCUAUUUUAUCUUCGUUUUUUUCUUAUUGAUAUUUAUAAUCAAUUGAGAGAUCAUCAGUUGGAUUCAGCACAUGUUUAUCGAAAACAAUUAAUGACACUAGAAAAUAUUGAAAAUAUUCGAACGAACUUAAAUCAAUAUUUAAGUUUCAAUGGGUUUCUCAUCACUUCAACGAAAAAACCUGCGGAAAUUUCAACGAGUGAUAUUGAUGAUAAUCAAUUUCAAAAUGUUCUUAUAGAAAUUGAUGCAAAGAAUCGUGAUGGAUCAAUGCCAUUUGCAUCCAUUCAACAAAUGACUAAUUUGAAUAAUGAUUCAGAUAUUGUUUUUAUGUGUGGUGCUAUAUUUAAAAUAACUUCAUUAACAAAUGAAUAUGAUUCAACUUGGAUUCUUCAAUAA